AUGAAAUGGAAGUCUUGGAAUGUCAUGCCUGACGAGACGAGAAUGGAGACCAACUACAAUUUAGAAGACCUCGACGACGAGUCGUUGGCGUACGUCAACAGACUCUUUGCUGAGAGGUCGCUCUACAUGAGGGUUGCCCGUAGGAGCUUGAGGGGCAGGAGGAUAGUUGGGUGCAGCUCUGCGGCCAUUUUCAGGAGGCCGAUUAUGUGGGCCCAAGCAAGUAAGGGCAAUAGGAACAAGAAGACUCUUCUCCACCAUUCAGGUUCCAGGCCCUUCUCAUAUAGGAUGGAUGCACGACGGCGGGGGGGGUCCAAAUUCCUAGAGAUCGACGUCUUUGGCGACGUUUAUGUUCGACCUGGGAAUGAGUUGGCUGAGUAA